CAGUCUAUCAGAGCCUUUUACAGAGACCUUACGCCAGUUUUAGUAUCGUUAUGUAUUUAUUACGAAAAUAAACAAACUUUUAAUAAUGUGGGUGGAUGUCAACGGACGUGAAAAGCAAAGCUACUUAACUCAAACUAACGGCUCUUUCAUACCCGGGUACACUGGCCACUGUCCCUUGCUCAAGUUUCGAUAUGGCAAAUGCUAUGGGGAUAACACUAGGCAAAUUCUUCGUGAAAUACGAUCAAAGGGUCUCUUCAAUAAGCCAUUGGAAUAUCGUCCAAGGGACAACUACGAGUUGGAGAAUAUGCCACGACUCGACGCAAAACGCAACGUCUACGACGGUUUAAAGCAACGUCAACCGACAUAUUUAACUGGAUAUACGGGAUACGUGCCUGGGAUGAACUUUGCGUACGGUAAAUCCUACGGCCGCACGGCAGAUGAUUGCAUGGCAGACUUCUCGCGAAAUCAACGUCAAUUGAAGCGGAAAGCAGAUUUGAAUAAAAGCUAUGUGCGAUCUCGAAGCGCACCUAAAAUGGAAACUAUUCACUCGAGAGACGAGAUCAGAAGAGAUCUCAACAGAUUCACCGAGAUAAAUAAGUAUAAGGAAAAUACAAUAUCACCGGAGUUCCCACCCAUCGCUGGCUACACAGGUCAUAUACCACGCAUUAAGGGAUCAGAGGCAUCUCUAAGCCAACGAUAUCAUUGUGCCGCAAAACGAGGAUUGGAACUGAUACAGAUUGAAAGAGAAAAUCGAAAAGAACUUCAAAACGCCGACGCAAAUAUCCGAGCCAUUAUCAAACCCAACGACAAGAAAUACUCUUAUUGGAAUUGGGGAUAGCAUACGGGUAGAAGAAUGUUCUUUACCAAGUAUAGGUGAACAUUCUUCUUAAAAUGUCCAAAACGACAAUCUACGCGUCAGUAUUAAUCGAUUGUAUGAUGGAUGUUUAAAGUUUAAACCGAAGAAAAAAUUGAUGAAAAUUUGUCAAUUACGUAUUGUGCGUGUCUAUUUUUGGAGGUUAUUUUGUUUAUAUAUAUUUAUUUUGUAUCCAAAUAAGAACGAAUACAAAAUACCCAGUUUCAUUUUAGAAAAAAAAUAGAUGUCAGGAACACAGAUAAUACGGGUCCAGUAUCAUAUUUACCAUCAGUACCAGAUAUUGGAAAACAUGUCACAUUAUCGAAAGGAAUAACUUUUUUUAGGUGUCAAUAUAGAAGGCAUACAAAACCUCCUUCAGUAUUCAAUAGAAGUUUUAAGAAUUUUUGAAUUACCAGUAUCAUAUCAAAAGUAAGAACUUUUGAAGGUCUUUAUAGGGUAAAUAAAGAAGGCAUACAAAACCAAACCUUCAAAAAUAAAAACAAAAAGUGCGUACGUACAAAGUACACAUGUCAGAAGUGAAACUUCUUUGGCUUUGCUUUCUUCUAUUUUUAAGU